UUCGAUAGAAACAUCAAAGCAAAUACAAGAGAUGGCGAAAUUGACAAAUCUCGCUAUUCUUUUGUUAUUUGCGUUGUCGUUGAUAUCAACAGCUGAAGCUCAUGAGUCCGCAGUUGUUGAUAUAACUAAAUUUGGUGCAGUUGACGGUGGCUGUAUCACUGAGGCUCUAACUUCUGCAUGGAGGGAAGCCUGUCAAUCACCUAUCCCAAGUAGAGUAUUCAUUCCACCAGGAAAUUACACAUUAGGAAAAGUGUGUUUGGAAGGUCCCUGCAAAUCUUCAAUUGAGGUUGAAGUUAAAGGCACCAUAAAGUCCGUAAACCAUCCAUCGGAUGAGUUUUGGAUUGAAUUCAAUAUAAUCACAGGAUUCAAACUAUUUGGUGGUGGAAUUUUUGAUGGCGACGGAGCCAAAACUUGGGAAAUAUGUGAAGCCAGUGAUGAUGGCUGCAAGAAGAAAAGCACGGGUUUAAACUUCAACAACAUCACUGAUGGGACUAUCGAAAAUAUAACUUCUUUGAACGCCAAACAUUUUCAUAUGGGUGUUGUGGACAGUACUGAUGUAUGUCUCAGUCACUUAACCAUAAUUGCGCCAGCUGAGAGCCCAAAUACUGAUGGAAUCCACAUCGGACAUUCAACCAACGUUAAUGUUAGCGAUUCAUGGAUCGCAACGGGCGACGACUGUAUCGGCUUCGUCGGCGGAACCAAACAUAUAACCGUCUCAAAUGUAAUUUGUGGGCCUGGUCAUGGCAUUAGCGUAGGAAGCUUAGGAAAAUACCCGGAUGAGGGUCCUCUAUCUCAUAUCACUGUCAGGGAUUGCCGUUUCAACAAUACUGACAAUGGUGUCAGAAUCAAAACUUGGCCUGAUCGCUAUGAAAACUCAGCAAGUGAUUUGCAUUUUGAGAAUAUCAUAAUGUACAAUGUCUCUAAUCCUAUUAUUAUAGAUCAAAACUAUUGUGGAGGAAAAAAAUGCAGUAAGGGUCAAUCAAAAGUUAAGCUGAACAAUAUCAUCUUCAGAAAUAUAACGGGUACCUCGGCAGAUCCGUGCGCUGUAACGCUUGCAUGUAGCACUGGUACAUGUGAGGGUGUGGAGCUUAGUGAGAUUAACCUCGCACCCGCUGUAGCGGCUGAAAAGCUUAUAUCCGAGUGUAAAAAUGUUCAACCCAAUGUUGUUGGUAGAAUGAACCCGCCCGCGUGUACCGGCCCAGUUGAGAUCAGCGGCAAGCUGGGUGGAGGUGGAGAUAAAGUUGGAACAAAUAAUAGCACUGUUACCGGCUCAGUUGAGAUCGGCGGCUAGCUUGGUGGAGAUGGAGAUGAAGUUGGAAGAAAUGAAAGUACUGCAAGGAUGGAGGUGCAGGGGAUACAAAAAGAUCCCCAAGGGCAACUCUGAUUUAGUUUGGAAUUCACACGCUGCGCAAAUCUUGAAAUUCUUUCACUCAACCCUUUCAUUCUUUUAUGAUGCAUAUGCAUGAUUCGGACGUUGUACAUUUGUGAGUGGUAGAAUAGCAUAAAUGAACCUACUUCUACCAUUACAAAGGUUUUAUUGUAUUUAUUCAUUUUUAUAUAUAUAUAUAUAUAAAACCGACAUCUGUGUCUUCAUCCA